GCCCCACACGCGGCCUGCCGUGGGCACAAGCGGCACAAGCGGCACAAGCCGAGUUUGUCUGUCCGCGCUCCGCGCCGACGUCGCCAUGGCCGUGCUCGGCGUGUUGCUGGUGUGUGCCCUGUCAGCACUGCUGUCCACCGCCCUCCCCACGUGGGAGCAGGUCGAGGCCACGAGGCAGCUGCACGACGCCGCGGACUACGAGGACCCCCUGGCCAAGGCCGUGAUGGAGUGCAGCGACAUGGUGGCCCCCGUGAUCGGCGAGCUCUCCUCCGAGCUGUACGUCGACCUGUCCCGGACGUGCUGCGAGGAUGCGGCGCUGGCCGUGGUAGAGGGCCGCGCCCUGGCCAGUGCCGCCGCCGCCGCGGCGCGCUGCUUCUCCCGGACGCUGUACCCGCGCGCCGCCAAGCCCGCCGUCGCCAGGCUGGUGCGCUGCGUGCGGGACCUGCUCGUCGAGGAGUAGGCGGCCUCGGCCUCGGUGUCCGGGCCGAAUCAUUCAUCCAGUGUGCUCGGAACAAAUAAACGCGCGCGGCAGUAGUUUGAAUGGAAACUGCGCCGCCCAGACCGCCAGGAA